AUGUAUUUCCUAAAAGAGACACCGCCAAUUUCAUUCAGCGGUUCCGUUAUGGCUCCAUCCGGUUCAACCGGUUUGCUCUUAUGGGUCUUAAUCUUCUUCGCUCUUUCCAUCACCCCACUCGAAGCACGUGGACCCCUCGGGUGGCUUGCCGGAAAGCCACCGCAGAGGACUGCCGCCGCCGGCAUAUGCGCUUCUUCUGUCCACAUAUAUGGUUACAAAUGCGAAGAACAUGAUGUGGUGACUCAAGAUGGAUACAUAUUGAAUAUGCAAAGGAUACCGGAAGGACGAGCCGGCGCCGGAGAUAUGUCGAAGAAACAGCCUGUCUUAAUACAACAUGGAAUUCUUGUCGAUGGGAUGUCGUGGCUGUUGAAUCCGGCAGAUCAAAACCUACCUCUGAUUUUGGCGGAUCAAGGAUUUGAUGUGUGGAUGGGAAACACAAGAGGGACUAGAUUUAGCAGAAGACACAAGUACCUAAACCCUCAUCAACCGGCCUUCUGGAAUUGGACGUGGGACGAGCUUGUGAGUUUCGAUCUGCCUGCUAUGUUUGACCAUAUCCACGGCCUAACAGGCCAAAAGAUUCACUACCUCGGACAUUCUUUGGGUACUUUGAUAGGGUUUGCGUCAUUCUCGGAGAAGGGGUUGGUGGAUAAAUUGAGAUCGGCAGCGAUGCUGAGUCCUAUUGCUUAUCUCAGCCACAUGACCACCGUAAUCGGCGACAUCGCCGCCAGAAGCUUCCUCGCCGAGGCCACGGCCAUUCUUGGAGUGGCAGAGUUUAACCCUAAAAGUGGAUUAGUAGGGGGUUUUAUAAAGGCUAUAUGCCAUCAAGCGGGGGUCGAUUGUUAUGAUUUAAUCGCUGUUAUCACCGGCAAGAAUUGUUGCCUUAACGCAUCAACCAUUGAUCUGUUCCUGGCGAACGAACCUCAAUCUACUUCCACAAAAAACAUGAUCCACCUUUCUCAAACGGUAAGAGACAAGGAGUUAAGAAAAUACAACUAUGGAAGUGGUGAUCGUAACAUGAAACAUUACGGUCAAGCGUUGCCGCCGGCUUACAACAUAUCGGCGAUUCCACACGACCUUCCGAUUUUCUUCAGCUACGGCGGUUUAGACUGCCUGGCCGAUGUGACAGAUGUCAAGUACCUCCUCGACCAGUUUAAGUUUCACGACAAGGAUAAGAUGGAUGUGCAGUUUAUUAAAGAAUAUGCUCAUGCUGAUUUCAUCAUGGGUGUUACUGCCAAAGACGUUGUUUAUAACCAAGUUGCUACCUUUUUCAAACGACAAUCUUGAUUUUAGUUAGCAUUAGUUUAUAUCAUUAUAUAUAAUUUGCAUGUGCCCAUAAUAUUCUUCAAUUGUAUGUCUCCAAAACAAACGGGCAAAAAAAUAAAAUUAA